UUCUGGGUGAUGGACAAGCUUGACGUCCAAUGAACACGGCGGAUGGGCGGGGCUUCCAUUGUAUCGCGGCCACGCAUUGGAGUGUCACGUGUUCAGUGCUGCUCGGGGCAGGACAGGGACUCGGCUGCGGGGAUCCGCGCGCGUGCUGCUGUUGUUUUUGUACCGACGGACGGAGGUGUAUUUUACCGUAGAGCCGAUGAACGGGACUCCGUGCGCUUUGGAUUAACUGUCGGAUGCGUGUGUGUGUGAUGUCGCGCUCUCACUGUCCCGGUGCGCACGGAACUCCGCACUAAAGGAGACUUUUUCUUCUUCUCCAUCUUCAUCUUCUUCUUCUUCAGCUCCACGGGUUCCUCCUUAACCGUUAUCGAGUUCAUAAUGAGCUGUUUAAACUUAUCUGUGAUAAAGAACUGACCUCAGUGAGAUCUUUACAGUGCUUGUUUUGGCACGAGCUGCUGAACCAUUAGCUUUAGCCUCUGGAAGAAAACAACUUCGGCACGAGCGCGUUUUAUUCCCAAUGGAAAAGAGUUUGCUUUCGUUGCCCUUUUCGCAUUUUUAAAGAAAAUCAAUGCAAUCUUAAAAAAAAAGAGCAUUUUCUUCUGAUAAAAUGGCAAGCCCGUGUACAGAGAAGGCUUGUUUUUCGGAUGUGAGAAAGGUGGGUUAUUUAAGGAAACCCAAAAGCAUGCACAAAAGGUUUUUUGUUCUGCGGACUGCCGGUGAUACCGGACCUUCCAGGCUGGAGUACUACGAGAACGAGAAAAAAUGGAAACAGAAAUCUGGUGCUCCAAAAAGGUCAAUCCCACUCGAGAGUUGCUUCAAUAUUAACAAAAGGGCGGAUUCCAAAAACAAAUACCUCGUGGCUCUGUACACCAAGGACGAAUACUUUGCAGUCGCUGCAGACAACGAGCUGGAGCAGGAUGCAUGGUACCAAGCACUCGUAGACCUCCACAACCGAGGGAAGGUCCACGAAAGUGCAAGGAGCAACGGCACAGGAGAUGAUAUUUAUGGAGAGACUACACCCGGGCCAGCAUUUAAGGAAGUAUGGCAAGUUAUCCUGAAACCAAAGGGACUCGGACAGACCAAAAACCUAAUCGGCGUUUACAGACUGUGUCUCACAAAUAAGACUUUGGGUUUCGUGAAACUCAAUUCCGACGCAGCGGCAGUUGUUUUGCAGCUAAUGAACAUCCGGAGGUGCGGCCACUCUGAGAAUUUUUUUUUUAUCGAAGUCGGGAGAUCGGCGGUGACGGGACCUGGUGAAUUUUGGAUGCAGGUUGAUGAUUCGGUUGUGGCUCAGAACAUGCAUGAGACUAUUUUAGAGGCAAUGAAAGCCAUGAGUGAAGAGUUUCGACCCCGUAGCAAAAGCCAGUCUUCUUCCAACUGCUCCAACCCCAUUUCUGUGCCGGUGAGGACGAGGCAUCAUCACAACAACCCUCCUCCGAGUCAGGUUGGGUUGGGAAGGCGCAUUAGGGCCGAAAGUGUGACGGCGACGUCUCCAGCCGGCCCAGGCAGACACAGCCAAUCGUUCAGAGUAAGGGCAUCCAGCGACGGAGAAGGAACCAUGUCUAGACCAGCGUCUGUCGACGGGAGCCCCAGCAGUCCGAGAUCGUCUAGGCCACAGUCCCAAAGGCACAGGGGUAGAUCCAGACUGCAUCCACCGUUAAACCAUAGCAGGUCUAUCCCCACACCAACAUCACGAUGCUCCCCAUCAGCUGUCAGCCCUGUAAGUCUGUCUUCCAGCAGCACUAGUGGACACGGAUCCACUUGUGAUGGUCUUUUCCCCCGACGCUCCAGUGCCUCAAUAUCAGGGUCACCAAGUGACGGAGGCUUUAUCUCCUCCGAUGAAUAUGGUUCCAGUCCAUGUGAUUUCCGAAGCUCCUUCCGCAGCGUGACCCCUGACUCAUUUGGACAUACCCCUCCUGCCAAGGAAGAGGAAUUGAAUAACUACAUAUGCAUGACCAAGUCUGGUUCACUAACUAGUACUGGGAGCCAGUCCAGAGGAACGCUCUCUCUAAUGGAUGAGCCAGACUUGGAGAAAUGUUUCAGGAAAAGGACUCAUUCUUCAGGCACCCUGUCACCCCAGGCUACAUGCCACCAAACAACACCUUCACAGUCACCUGUCGUGUCUCUGGAUGAAUAUACAGUAAUGACACCGACAUACAGUCGCAGCCAAUCUGUAUCAUCCUCAUCGCCAUCAAUAUUUCGGAACUUGUCCACAAAUUCCUAUCCUGAAGAAUGCUCGGACAUGCCGACGGCGAAAGGUGGCGGCGAGCCCAGUCACAAAGACGACGGCUACAUGCCGAUGUCACCAGGUGUAGCCCCUGCGGUGGUAACAGGAAACAGCGGAGACUACAUGCCUAUGAGUCCAAAAAGUGUUUCGGCCCCACAGCAGAUUAUCAACCCACGACAGCACUCACGAGUGGACUCCAAUGGCUACAUGAUGAUGUCACCGAGUGGUAGCUGUUCUCCAGAUGUUUCUACAAACUACAGAAAGAUAUGGACCAAUGGCAUGAACCCCACUCUGUCUGUAGAGAGCACAGAGGGGAAAGUGUCCUCAUGUGGAGACUACAUUAACAUGUCUCCUGCUAGCGGCUCAACCACCGGCACGCCACCGGACUGCUACUUUAAUCCUGUAGACGAGCUGCCCAGGCCCGCAUACGCCUACUACUCUCUACCCCGUUCCUUCAAACAUGCCAAUAGGAAACAGGACCAGAGCCCCUUACGGAAGUCGCUUGGCAGCAGUCGCCUGGUUUGCGCUGACUCUUCCUCGUCUUCGGCUAGCAGUGACAGUUUGGGUGGUCACUGUAAUUCACAACAACCGUCUGUCAGGCCCAAGAUUUCAGAGGUCAACUCUAGGCUAGCACGCCCAACAAGGCUAGCAUUGGAUGCUAACAGAGCUAGCACUCUUCCACGGAUGCGUGACAGCCCUUUUCCAGGUGAGCCCAAAAGUCCGGGAGAGUACGUCAAUAUUGAGUUUAACGACAAAGCGUUUUCGGCGAGCAUAUCGUCACUGUUUUCACCCGCGUUCGCUCUUAACGGAGCUGACGUUCUAUCAGAGCACACUUCUUCCGACUACAUGAACAUGCAGCUGGGUUCACAAAGCUUGCUCUCACCGUCUAAGCAAUCAGCGUCCGAUUCCUCGUGCUACGCCAUUGUCGGCCCCUCAGAAAACAUGGCCUCUUCGCCUCACCUGCCUUGUGAAAAUAUUCGUGAAUGUGACUACAUGAGCAUGCAACUAGGCUCCUACUCUACAGCCUUUCCUGACUCCCAGAGGACGCUUCAAAAUACUUUGUUACGAGACCCAGAAGUCUUGCUCUGCUCCGAGUCACAAAAUGACAUCUCAACAUUAGGUGCAGCUCCAGGGAGGCCUGUGCUUAUCGGUCCUUUGACAGAUCUCAGUGCCUUUUCCCGGGUAAACCCAACCCUGGGUGCCAAAGUGAUCCGGGUCGACCCGCAAGGCCGAAGACGGCACAGCUCUGAAACAUUUUCCUCCACAACAACCAAAGGGGCCGUGAGCACAGCCACAGGCUUUCAGUCAGAAGACGUCAAACGCCACAGCUCUGCUUCAUUUGAGAACGUUUGGCUUAAGCCUGUAGAGGCUUCCACCACCACCAACACUGCUACUCCUGCUGCUAGCACCGCACCUAACGUUGACCCUCAGAACCAAAACGACCUUAACUAUAUCGAUCUGGAUCUGGCGCAGAACCGAGAGACGCUUGUGCAAGAUUGGAGCUCGAGCUUCCAGACCCGGCAGGUGGACCUCAGCGCGGUAGGAGCGGCGGAGGAACCGAGCCCCUACGCCAGUAUAAACUUUCAGAAAGCAGAUGAUGCCAGAGGAAACCUCACCUAUAGAGAAGAAUGAAAGCAGCUACUCCAACCUGCACAUCUCUCUCUCUCUCUCUCUCUCUCUCUCUCUCUCUCUCUCUCUCUCUCUCUCUCUCUCUCUCUGUCUCUUUGGAUCUCUGUCUUACUCUCUCCCUCUGUAGCUCUGUCUCUCCCUCUCCCUCCUUCUCUCUCUCUGUCUCUCUCUCUCUCCCUCCCUCUCUCCCUCCCUCUCUCCCUCCCUCCCCCUUCCUCCCUCCCUGUGACACUCCAUCAGCCCGACUGAAUCGGACCUCAGCUUCUUCUCCCCUGUAACCCAGACCUCACAGCGCACACUGGGACCUUCCAGAAUGCUGGCUUUUACAAAUCUGCAGUUCUCCUGAAACCUGGAGUCCUCAGGACCUGGGGUCACACGACUGAACCUCAGAGUGACCGUACUGAUCAGGGAUCAGCGUAGUCGCCUGUUAGUUGCAUGGAAAGUUGUACUUCCUGUUAUGUGUGUCUCUCUCUUCACCGUUACAGAGGAACCGUAGCGUUUGGGGACUCCUUACAGACAUCUCCACACAGAACGCAUCACCAUACAGAGAUUAAACAUUAAACAACAUUAAACACGUUUAUUAUUUAAACACACGUUUAACUCGAUCUCAGAUCAGUACGUCCCUUGGCUUCACUGUUCAGACCUCCUCACUCUGUAUAAACGUUUUCUACACGAUGGUACAGGAUGUUUGCUCCAGCGGUGCUUUUACUCAACUGUGUAACCUUGUAGAGAUAUUUAUGGAUAUUUAUGUGACUGAUGGUACAAGCGUUAAAAAUGACAGGUACAGAAGAAAGUCCUCGUCAAACUGAUGCAUAAUUCAGUGUUCUUUGUUGAUGGUACACAGUUUCUCUUAGUGCAGUUGUGUGUUUUUCUAGCAGAUCCGACACAUUUCCAGCGUCAACACGUACAUCAUGGGUGAACAAAUCAGGAGGUUAUUUAUCAGGCAGGUGUAGUGUAACUGCUCAGUCCCGUGCUAGCUAAUGUGCUACGGUAAGUCGUAGCUAAGCUAAUAUAAUAAAGUAUAAAGUAAAUAUAAUUGAUACAGACAAAAGCAAGAGCAAAAAUUCACAACGUUUGUGAAAAUUCAGUACCAAAAAUAUAAGUCGGUAUUUUACAAGAGCUCUCGAAAUAAUACAAGACUCAACUGAUCACCUGCAAAUCGUACAGUUAUUUAUUUAUUUUGCUUUUUAUUAACUUUAAAUCGCUUAUUGAUUUCAUUUAGACUCAUUUAACGAAUAUUUAUUUUAAUGACAUUCAGAAAUGAAAAAUCUUUAAUUUACUGGACGUUUUACUGUUUAGUUGUCAUUUUGUCAUCUUGAGCUUUUCCUUUUAACGAGUUUCGUAGGCGUCGCCAAUUAUAAACCAACUGGGUUCGAGAUCACGCUCGAAAUUUUCUCAAGUUUUUGACGAUCAAAAUGUGAACAGAAAUUUUACGAAUUAUGUAAGAAUUUUUUUUUUAGAAUUGUUAGAAUUUAAAUCCUUGAAAUUCUUAGUGAGUUUUUUAGUGAAACCCUUUUUACUUUUAGUAAAAAUUAGCCUUUUAAAGCCUUUAUCAUUAUUAACCGCAUCUUCUUAGCCGAGGUGUGCAGCGUAUUUAAACGUAUAAAUAAAAAAUCCCUGUUUUUUUCUCUGUUUGUUGUUAAAUAUUUGUCGGUUUGGUAACUAAAACAUCUCCUUGAAACCUUCUCAUCCUGGUCUACUGAUUUGUUCACCCUUGACACACCGUGAUGUCAUUCUCGGCUCUUUGUGCUUCCGGACUCAUCCGAGCCGCUGUCGUAGCUCCUCUGUCUGACUCGACGACUACCUACAGCUACCUACAGGACACACGAUCGCUGCUACGGACACGAGGGCACGACGGCGUAAAAAGCCGUUCACGAUGUUCCUUCGUUCUUGCGCACAAAAAUACGGUGUGAUAAAAUUCGUUAUUUUUGUCGCAGUCAAUCUUAUCAUUCGUAUCUGAGGUUUUCACUUAUCCAGGAUGUAGAGGGUUACUUGUAGCUGUCACCUGUAAUUAUAACACAACUCAUUUAGACAGACACACACACACACACACACACACACAACAGUUUCUGUGAUCUCCCACAUGGUACAAAUGUAACUGGUACGAAACUCACGUCAAGGUUCAUGAGACGCUGCAGGUAACACGACACCUGAGAAGAAUCAGGUUACCCGUGUUGAUCGCUUCAUGGCUCUGAAAUCUAUUUCACCUCCCAUGAAACACACUUUGUUCUAAUCCUUUGGUGAAUGUGUGAAUGAUUCCAAGGGUCAGGAGCUUGUCUCCUACAACCACUGCAGAACCCUACGCCUUAAACCGGGAAUUAGCUUCCUCACAUGAUUACUGUGUAGGGGAAGAAAAUCGUUAAAUGUGACCUAACGGUCAUCAGUAGCAUCGGAGUGUUUGUUGACGGUUAGAUUUUGUAUGUAAAGUUUUACAGAAUUGUGUUCAAUUAGAAAGUUGCAAACGAACAGCGCUUUAGAUGAAUACGCCAGCUGGCUAGCGGUUUGAACCCGAAUGCGUCCGACUGAACCUGCAGUAGAAGUGAUUCUUUAGCAGUCUACGAUUUACACUGCGACGCUCUUCGACCUGAGAAGCUGGUACAUGUUUGCAACUUUUUUUUUUCCUUUCUUUCUUUUUCUUCUUUUUUUAAAAAAAAUCUUAUUUAUUAUUAUUUUUUUUUAAAUUGCAAAUUAUUUUUGCAUUACGAUUUUUUUCCUCUGACCUGCUCUCGGUGUCUACAAGAAUUAAGACGAAAAUGUUUAUCAUUAUUAUAAAGUCUCAGUGUCAUAUUUGCUGCUGAUGGGUGAAAAUACAUCAAGAACAAUCUGUAAAUUAUUGAACAUAAAUGUGCCACUUGUGUAUUUUGUGUAAUUAAUUAAGACUUCUUUUUUUUUUUUUUUUGUGGUUUUGUUUUUGUUGUUUUUUUGCCUCGUGCCUUGAUAUACAGUCCACAUGGAGAUCGGAAAUGUCUUCUGAUCUUAAAUGUUUUGUUUUAAACUGUAUUUUGUAUAAUCUGUACGUUUUGGGGGAAAGAUUUCGAUUCAUGGCGAAAAAGAAAAUUGGCAAACUAAGUGUUUAGGUACCAAGUGCAGACGUAACCUACUCUGGGAACUUUUUUGUAUCUUCACGUGUCCGGUCUAAACCCUAACUUGUCUUCCGCUGUAUAUACUGUAUUGUAAAAAAAAUAAAAAUUAGUAACACACA